UUUUGUACGUCAGCGUGGUGGUUUGGCGCCAGCAAUUUCGCGGGGCAACAGCACAAGGCGCAGCAGAAGAAGCGAGAUAAAAUAUAAAAUAUACCACGCUGGAGUGCAGACUAACACGCUUCACACACUGAGGCAGACAGCUGGAGCUCUUUGUUGGCGUUGAUGGUGAGCGGUGGAGGCUGCGUGUGUGUCAAACGUGCAAGUCUCUGGAUAUAGUGGAGGGUGAACACAGCUCGACUUAAAUCAGAGAGGCCUUGCGGAGGUGAGUAAUAAUGAUGGCGACGGCAGGGCCUCCCAGCAACUCCAGCUUCCUCCCUCUGCUGGAGUCUCUGGAGGACAGUGCUGCUGGACAGUCCGAGCAGACAGACGCCUACCUCACCAUCGCCAACCGGCUCAGCGGAGAGGAGGGCCGUCAGUUUCUCCCUGCAGUUGAAAAGCACUUUUCUCGUUUGGGUAAAGCCAUCUUGGCUCACAUAACCAGUCCCAACGCCGAGCUGAGCCAAGCUGCCUUGCAAGCUUUAGGGUUUUGUGUGUAUCAUUCUCACGUCGUCUCUGGAGUGCCUGAAACCUUUGCAGCAGAAAUACUAUCAGCACUUUGCUCCUUGGUAGUGAAAUCGACAGAUAAAAAUACAUGUACCAGAGCAUUAUGGGUCAUCUCAAAACAGAGUUUUCCUCCAGAUGUGGUCGCCAAAAAAGUGCCGUGUAUACUGGACACGCUGGAGAGUGUGUGGAGCAGAGAGGACAUCCAGUCUGUUGUAAUGGAGCACGAGGCCUUGAAUGUUGUCAUCAGGAUGCUGGAGCAUGUGCCGAACCAGAUGGGCAGUGGAGCGGUGCGGUGGGCGAAGCUGGUCAUCCCGCUGGUGGUGCACUCCGCCUCCAAGGUUCGUCUACGAGCCGCAGCAGCCAUGGAGAUGGGCAUGCCUCUGCUACUGGAAAAACAGACGGAGGUGGCUGCUGUCAUUGAACCAAUAAUGUCCCCGAAACUGAUCCCAGAGCUGCAAAAGCUUUUCAUGUCCAAGAAUGAAACAAACGUCCUGAAGCUCUGGCCCUUAUUUGUGAAACUUCUAGGGAAGCUGCUCCACAAAGGAGGUCCUUUCAUCAACUCCCUGCUGCAUCUGGAGGAGCUGGGUUUCCGUAGCUCCUCUCCCACCAUCAAGAAAAUUGCCUUCCUUGCCUGGAAGAGCCUGAUAGACAACUUUGCCCUCAAUCCCGAUAUCCUGUGCAGCGCCAAACGUAUGAAGCUCCUGAUGCAGCCCCUCAUAUCCAUCAACGUGAGGACGGAGCCCCUGCUGCUCACCAAGGUGGAGGUCUGGUGGUACCUGGUUGUCCAGCUCGGGCCCAACCUGUCAACCAACUUUGAUCAGGUUUCUGUACCUCUGCUCCAGUGCACCAUUGGAUCACCUUCCUCUUCUGUUACUCAAAACGGUGCUACAACACCUGGCACACCCAAGACUGCUGUUGCAGGCACCCCAGGCUUCAACAGCCCGGCCAACACGACUCGAAUGAGCCUGAACUCCAGCAUCCAGCUCCCCUCCACCUUCCCCUCCAUCCAGCUGCUGGGUCUGGAGAUGUUGCUCCAUUAUUUUCUGGGACCAGAUGUCGUUACCAUGGCAGCAAAGCACAAACUCAUCCUGAGUCUUGAGCCCUUGAACCACCCAUUCCUCAAUGCUGCCUCCUCCUUCACCAAACAUGCUGCUGUGCUCAUCUCAAACAUCAGAGAUGGCAUCACCAGCAUCGGCAAAGACGCCCCAGAUUCCCUUCUGGCUCUCUUAUGGACCAAUCUCGUUCGUUUUGUCAACUUAACUAUUGAGUCUGUAGGCAGUAAGAAGGAUCGUCAGGGCUGUGAAGUACUGACGCUGAUGCUUCAGGCUCUGCAGAGCAUCGUCACCUCAGAAGCUCUGCCUGCAGACAAAGUCCUGGUUCUGUUUGAAGCCACAGUGAAAGGCAUUCCCCACAGAGUCCUCGGCUCUGCCUCCUACCAAGUGGGCAAGAUGGAUGUACUAAACGGAACACCGGCUCUGUUCCUCAUUCUUCUCCUCUACAAAAGCAGCAUGCUCUCAGCAUAUAUAGAGGAUGAGAGGUUUUUUCAGUGCCUUCAAACACUGGUAGGCUGUGGCUUGUCGGGUCCCACUUCCCCUCUGGCGUUUGGGGAGGCGGUGCUGGGUGCCAUCAGCCACAGCGCUGCGUCUCUGCAGAACAAGGAGCAGCUGUGGAGGAUGUGGAGCGUGAUGGUCAGCCCGCUCACCGACACCAUCACACAGUCUAAUGAAGUCAACCAAGGUGACGCCCUGGAGCACAAUUUCAGUGCGAUGCACUCUGCCCUGUUGUUCCCAGUCACACAUCUACUACGUGGUACACCUCUACAGCAGGCAUCCCAGAAGUCAAUGCUGUCCACGUGGUCCAAGCUGUACAAGGUGUUUGCCCGCUGCUCAGCGCUGGUGGUCACAGCUGAGGAAAACAUCUGCUGCGAGGAGUUCUGUGCAAAGAUGGCCGCCGCAAUGGACAAAGAUGCCCUAAUGGUUCCGUCGACAUUAAACGCUGUUGCCAGUAUCCUCCAAGUCAUGGUGGAGUGUGUGGACUUCUCUCCGUACACACCUCUAUUUCAGCAAAAACUGAAGUCUCCUCACACUCCAGUAAUCUGGACAAGAAAGAGAAAUAAAGCUCUGGGGAACUUGUCCACCUUCCAGUCCCUGCUGGUACAAUGUCUAGAUGUGUAUUUGAAGGACCCUGAGGCUUCCGCUGAGGGCACAGGAGUGGCCCUGGUCUCCAUCCUGUCUGCCCUCUUCACAAACCUGGUCCUUGCCAACGCUGUCCAGGAGGUGCUGACUUCUCUGAUUCAGCCUCUCACUGUCUUCUACGAACAGGCAGCCAGUGAGUCACCAAAAUUCACCUCGCAGAUUCUGGCAAAGUUGGAGAAGCUUCUCGGUGAGGUUCUCGGCUGCCUGCAGAGCAGCUCUACUUUGGCCUACAAUGAUGAACUCCUGGCUCUGCUGUCUCCUCUGCUUUGCGUGGUAUUUCCACACAAGAACAAGCAGCUCCGCACGUCAGUCGCCCACUUCUGGAACUCCACCUUCGCCAACUCAGUCAGCCUCACUUAUCCAGAGGAGCUCAGACCAAUACUGAGUCAAGUAAAGCACAAGACUCCAAUCAUUCUUCCUGGCUUUGAAGUUAUCAGUGUUCCUGAUGAGCUCAGUGGGCCGUAUUCAAACGAGAGUUCCCAGUUGGAGACCAAGCUCAGCGGGAUGUCAGUUCCUUCUGUGGGGAAGAGGGACUCGCUGCUGGGAAAGGCUGCUGAGCUGAAGGACAGGAGGUCCACAAAGACCUUAAAGCCGGUUUCUCAGACAAAGCUGGACUUUGGCUCUCCCAAGCCUCCCCGCAGAGAAGUUUUGGAGGAAGAGGCCUCUAUUGACUUUGUCUUCAUUCCUCCUGAGACAAAGGAGAGAGUUUUGACAGAGCACCAGAAGGAGAUGAAGAGGACUAAAAGGGUUGACAUCCCUGCUAUGUACAACAACCUUGAUGCUUCUCUGGAUACCACGGUAUUCAGCCAGUAUACACAGAGCCAAGAAGAUUCAAUGGGCAAACUGCCAACUGAACAAGAUGACAUGGUUGCCAAGGAGGCUCCAGGCAAGGUUUCUCAGGAAGCUGUGGCAAAUGAGGAAGAAGCAGAAGUUCAAACAAGAGAGACUCAAGACUAUGUGAGCCCCAUGGCAGUGGAGAAUGAGACAGAAAACCACAAGCAGGAGGAGAUGAUACCCCAAUCAGCAGAUGUUUCCAUGGAGGACACCAAGAGUGAUGUAGGAACAGAAGACAUGGACACAAAUGCUAAAGAAGGCACCAGUCCCAACAUCUCUGGCUCUUCAGAUUUGAUCUCAGGAACUCCUCAGAAACCCUGCAGCCGCCGCCAGUCCUUUAUUACUUUGGAGAAGUACGCUGAGGGAAAGCCUGCCAGUCCCAACACUGCAUCCACAUUCACAGGUCCCCUCAUAAAGACCUCCAAUAGCCAAGAACACAGUGACAGCACCAAGACAUCCUCCCCUCAGGCUUCCCAGACAGCCACUGGCCCAAAGUCUCAGGACUGCCACUCUUCACAGACAGGACAAAUGAACUCGCAGUGUCCUGUGAACAAUAUCCAAGAGUCCCCUCGAAGGCCCAGAGUAGAUUCUGGGAAGAAAAGUGAGCCUGUAAGGCUGAUUGAGAGACUGCCAAGUGAUCCAACAGAGGAUGAAGAUGUUAUCCCAGACACCCAGACUGAAGCAGAGGUCAAGGAGAGUACAGAAAAGGCUUCCACAUUAGAGGAAAUGAAACCCUCAAGCCAGGAAGGUGAAUCUUUACAGAGUCUGGAUGAUUCUCAAUCCUCUGAGACUCAGACUUCUCCAGGUGAACCCAGACGGUCAGGACGCUACAGAGUCAGACCUCUGCUGCCUGGAGAGGAUCCAGAGGAACGAGAAGAGAAAUACAUUCAUCUCAAAAGGAGACGUUCUGGAGAGGAAAAUAAAGGGUCAAGCACACUACAAGGCAGACCAAACACGAGAAGUAAGCAGGCUGCCGAGGAGGAGAACAGCAGAAUACGAACAAGGGCUCAGAGGGACAUGAGCAAGUCAAGUCAAACUAACUCUCAAGGUAGAUCACACAGGAAGAUAAGACUGUACAGCAAUUCAGAGGAGUUCCUUGCUAAACCUGAACACAAAAGGAGAAGCGCCAGAGAUCAAGAGUCCAGCCAAACUGACAUACAGUCAGACACACAAUCUGAUUAUGAAAGCCAGUCACAGGGAAGGCACAGUCGUCCGCGCAAAUCAUUGGAGAAAAAGGAUUUACCUGAGACAGAGUCUAGCCAAACUGCCACCCCUGAGCUUGAGCUUGUUGAACAGUCCAAAAAGGAUGAAGAUGAGUCAAAGAAAGAUUCUCAAAUGAUCACCUCUCCUCAAACUGAUGGCCAAUCCCAAGAAUUAAAGCUUGUGGAACAGACCAAAAAGGAAAAGGUAGAUUCUCAGGUAAUUGCCUCUUCUCCAACUAAUGGAGAGUCUGAAGAUAGAACAAGCACUACAAGCCAGUUGGUGAAUGAAUCAGAGGAUGUGGUCAAAGACCAACACAAGACGAUAGAAGGUACAGAUGACAACCUUAGUCAAGAGGACUCUCAAGUGAUCACACCUUUGUCUUCUGAUAGCCAGUCUCAGCGUAGAUCAAGAAGAAGUAAGGCAUCAUCUGAGGCAGCAGAGUCGGAAGACACAAGCAAUUCAUCCCGAAGGCAAAGUAGAUCUAAUUCUCAGACAAUGGUGUCAGCUGUCAGUCAGGCAGAGGCUAGUAUUGGAGGUAGGACCAGAAGGAGCAAGUUACAAGAAGAACAUUCUAAGUCAAGUCCUAGCUCAACUCCCGAGAGCUCUCAGUCAUUAGAUAAUUCAGGAUCAAGCGAGUCCUCUCAAGGCCGGGGUAGAUAUUCAAGACGAAGAUCUUCUCAAGCAUUGGCAGCCAGUAUGGAGUUUUCAGAGUCUGAAUCCUUGGAGGGCAGAGAGAAUUCCUCCAUGCCCAAAAAGAGAGGGAGGAAACCUCGAGCACGGUCUCUUGCAAGUCCUCUCACUAUUGAACUCAAAGACAGAAUUGGUGGUGAUAUUGCUAAGGGUGAUUCAGAUAUUUGUCAAAAGGUAGACCCACAAAGCAUAGAAACGACUAAUAUAACAGAUCUGGAGGAUUCACAAAAGAGCCAUGAUUUGCAGGGUUCUGAAUCACUCCAGGUUACAGGUAACAUUGAGGAGCAAAGUAAUGAAGGAGGACAUAUGGAGGUGGAGGCUUAUGCUACUGUAGCCUUGGAGCCUGUUGUCCUGGAGAAAACUGAGACUGACAAUGCAAAGGAGAACAGUGUGUCACCUUGCAAGAAGGAUGAAACGAAUGCUGAUCAUACAUCACAAGAAAGUGACAUGGGGGACUCUCAAUCGGCUGAAAUACUUGAAUCAGUUGGGAUCAGUACUAAACAGAUUCAGGAAGACUUACCCUGUGGCCCUUCUGAUUUGUCUGCUGUGGACACACCUGCACCCUCUGAUGAGACAACAGAGGAACUGCAGGUCUCAGAGUCUUCACAGGAGACGGUGGCUGAAGUGGCAGAGCCUGGUGAUGUGGUUACAGAAAACGAGAAGGAUUUGGAUCCAGACCACCAAGAACAUCCAGUUGUCCCAGUGGAGGACACUCACAGUACCUCUUCUGGACAAAACCAGGAGGAGUGUCUAAAUGUCAUUGAUGAGCCUUCAAAAGAGGAGGAAGAGUCUGUUUUCAUCAAAGAAGACAAAUCAAUAAACAAGCUCACAGAGGCCAGUGCUGGUGAAGAGGUCACACCUCUGCAGGACAACAUUGACGACAUCAAAACCCAGGUUAUGGAGUGUCAGGAUGAAGAGAAAACCCAGACUCCCAACACUGAGAAUGAUCCAGUCGCAAAUUUAGAUGCUGCUCUGAGUGAUGUUUGUGACGCUUCAGUCACUUCAGAAUCGACGACCAAAGAUGAUGUUCAGGAAUCUCCAGCGAAGCAGAAGGACCUGGAGGCUGUGAUGGGGGCAGAUGUUGGCCAAAGCCCCUGCAGUGGCAGGACCAGAGGAACCUGGUCUCCCUCAGCUUCCCCUUCAACUAGUAUUCUUAAAAAGGGCCAGAAAAGACCACUAGAAGAGGAGACUCCCUCACCUCUUAUCAAGUCCCGGCGUGUGUCUUUUGCUAAUCCGAUCCAACAGCAGGAAACUGCAGAUGACAUUGAUCGUCGCAGCCCGGCCAUCAGAACCAGCUCCCCCAGAAGAUCCAAAAUUAGCAGCAUCCCACAGCCCAAGUAUGUCACAACUCCAACAAAGGGCCUGCUGAUCCUGAGUCCCAGAAAUCUGCACAGUCCAGGUUACAAGAGCUCCAAGAAAUGCCUGAUUUCUGAAAUGAGCCAGGAGCCUCGACCUGUCUCCAAAGACUGUAUCUACCCUGCCCUUGUUGGCUGCUCUGCACCUGUAGAAGCUGUGCUGUCUCAGAUAUCCUCCAACAUGUGGUCUCGUGGUUUUGGGCAGCUAGUGCGAGCCAGAAACAUCAAAACAGUCGGUGACCUCAGUGCUCUUACUCCUAGUGAAAUCAAGACUCUGCCAAUUCGCUCCCCAAAGAUCUCCAAUGUCAAGAAGGCACUUAAAAUCUAUGAACAACAGCGUAAAGGUCGAGGUGGUGACGAGUUGAAGAGUUUUGAUGAAAUGGAGAUGAUGACCUCAGAACUGGAGGAGACGAGUGCUCCUCAUAACCAGGAUGAGGAGGAUAAGACCUCAGGCGAGACACUAGCCACAGAGCUGGUGGACGAGCCCGUUCCUGUAGAGGGGAGGCCGGAGGAGGACCGCUCCGGGAAUCUGACACUUGACUCACUGGCUGCAGAGCAGCGACCUGAAGGACUGCUGUCAGAAGUUGAAGUCCUGACCUGCAGGAUGUCGCCACUAGAACUCAGUCGCUGCUCACCACAGCAGCUCGUUCAGAUGCACGAUCAGUUAGGAGGCAUGAUGAGGCGCGUGGUGGUGGAGCUGCAGACACGAGCCUGCCAGACAAAUAGCAAACCCUGAAGAGACUACUGCUUCUGCUGGAAGAGACAGCAGCACGGGCAUAAAAAGGCACAGAAAAAGACCAGACUUUUGGAUUUAUUGAGACAGAAUCUGCAACAAUGUAUCAUUGCUCAAGUAAAAUCAACAGAUUUUACAAAGGAGGAUUUUAUGCUUUUAACUGGGUAUGGCUUCCCCCUUUUUCUCUGCUUCAAGUAUGUUAAAAUAAAUGCUAACAGCUGUAUUUUUAUUUCUAGCUUCAGCUGUAAUGUAGCAUAUUUUUAGAAACACUCAAAGGGAAGCACAGUUACACUUUUUAAGCUGUCAGAAGAAGAAAUCAAGUUUGGUUUUAUUUUAUUUUUUUUAGUAGUGAUGGUUGGACAGGGAUGGUAUUUUCCUACUGUCCUGUAUAGACUUUGUAAUAAAGGACUGAUGUAAGACGAACGUAUGUAGAAGAAAAAUUACAUUUUUUUUUUUUCCUCCACAUGCAGUUGACAACUUUGAAUUUUCUACAUACCCUUUCUCUCAUGUCACUUCAUUCCUCCAUGUGCCUGUUUUUAGGCUGUUUACAGUUUCUGUGCUUUUGUAUAUUUUGUAGGGUUUCUUAGCUUGUUAAACAUUUCUGUCAUCUCACCUUAAUGUCUUCUUACAUUUUUAAUGUCAUGAAACAGACUAAUCGAUGGUCUGCACUUCAUUGUUUGUGGUUUUAAAUACUUCAAUAAAAGACAGAACUGAUAUUUUUAAA